UUUUUUUUUUUUAUUUAUUAUUUAUAAACACACACACACACACACACACACACACAAUUUCUAACCCCUCUCUCUCUCUCUCUCUUUUUUUCUUUCUUCUUUUCUUCCUUGUCUUUACUUUUUUUCUACAUGAUGUCUGAAAACGUCAUGGUAACACCGCUUUUUCAUCAACGAUCCCACUCUAUGCCAGUUGGACACGCAUUUAUAAAGUAAGAACAUCCUGAUUAAAACACGCGUAGUGAUAUUGGAACUAAUUCAUACGAUCAGUGGUAAUAAUGAGCAAGAGAACAGAUCGUUUGAUUUCAAGAGGUACAGAAUAAACACAUAUGAUUCUACGGGAUACUAAAUAAAAAAAAAAAAAUAACAGAAAUUCACCUUUGAAAAAUGAAACGACCACAACAAGUGAAAUGUUCCCACUUCCGAUUCCUAAAUCCAUUGCUUCUCAGCUGAAUAACUCAUCCACAGCAAUAAUUGAGACCCAAGAUGAACCCAAUUUCUUUUGCAAGCCAAAGAUUUUAAUGAACCUAUUUGAUUUCAACACAAGAAAAAUAACAAGUUGUCCAAUCGUAUUCAACUGUAAAAUGGAUCGAGGAUUCUUUACAUCUCAAUCUCAUUGGACAUGCUAUCGUCGAAACUAUUUUCAGGUCACGGCGUCUUUUAUUAUCCAAGGUCAUUCAGAGGGGACAUGUUAUGCAUUGCAGUUUCUAGAGAAAUUGCAACCCAUUGGACAAUUCUUUCUCCGAUUAAAGGCAUGUACUUCCUCCGCAGAGCCAGAUCCACAUAACAAUAUCAUUCGACCCGUCGCUUUAACCCAAAUGACCCCAAAGCGUGAUAAAGGGCCUCAGAGAGAGCCUCCUGUGAUACCCAUUGCUCCCUCAGACACAAUGUAUGGAUCCGAACAAGUAUGUGUCACCUUUGAACGCUUACAGUUUCGAGUCGCCACAGCAAACAACGGGAAAAGGAGAGCAUCACAGCAAUACUUUCAUCUGAUCUUUGAUUUGAUUGCUCAGUUGGAGGAUGGAUCACAGCAUACCAUUGCAGAGUGUUAUUCUUCUCCUCUGGUAGUUCGCGGUCGUAGUCCUGGUCAUUACAGUCUCGAACCUCAACAACAUCAACAUCAACAACGUACUAGUAACAGUAAGAAGAGAAAACCAUCUGCUUCUCCUCCUUCUUCUUCCCAUACUAGCAAUAACGAAGAGGAAGACGUGAAAAAGGAAGAUGACAAGGUGACUUUACCACCUCCACAAUACGUAUUCUCUUCCCCUCCUAUGGUGAUGGAACAACCAAACUACAUGAUCAACACGAGUUUCAAUAAUAACAAUAAUACUAAUAAUAAUAAUUCAUCCGCCUUCAGUAACUUUCAUCAUCGAUCUCAAAGUGCCAAUGAUUCCCAUUUCUUUGCUAGACAUCGACCAGGAUUAAAGUAUCAACCCAUGAUGGUGGAACAAGGUGGUCCAGAUAUGUUUGAUCCUUAUGAGGUGGGUAUGGCAAGAGCCUUGGGGAAUUGGCAACAGGUACAACAUGGGAGAACAGAUUCGUACGAAUCCUAUGAUAAUUCAAAUAGAGGUAGCACACGACCUGGAACUCCUGUGCCUUAUAAUUAUCCUCCUCAACCUUCAGCAUGGUCUAAUAAUGGCAACCAUCAUUUUAUGGACGCACAGGAGAAUACGAGUAAAUUAAAUCAGCAUGACAACAAAUUGUACAAUAACAACAAUAGUAAUUAAUUUUUUUCUAUAUAUAUAUAAAAAAAAAAAAAAAAAAAAGAAAAAAAAAAGAA